UUCAUAUUCCUCUAAUACCUACAGUCGUCCAAACCGAGUUUCUCUUGUUAUCUCCCUCUUCCCUGCUCCCUUCGUCAGUUGUGGGGUUAUUUAUUUUCAGGAGGUAACAUAAAGGCAAAUUAGGAAGACAGUUAGAAGGGGAAUCACAGGUAUUCAAGGUCAAGCUAAGAUGCCUGCCCAGAAGAUUGAAAUGGGUUACAGUGACACAGUUCAUGAUGUCUCCAUGGAUUACUAUGGAAAGCGUGUAGCAACUGUCUCAUCCGAUACCACCAUAAAAAUAAUUGGGGUAAGCAACAACUCUGCUUCACAACACCUUGCAACUCUGAGUGGACAUCAAGGCCCCGUCUGGCAAGUUUCCUGGGCUCAUCCUAAGUUUGGAUCAAUCCUUGCUUCCUGUUCCUAUGAUGGUAGGGUAAUAAUCUGGAAGGAAGGGCAUCAAAAUGAGUGGACACAGGCUCAUGUUUUCACUGACCAUAAAUCAUCCGUCAAUUCAAUUGCUUGGGCGCCUCAUGAAGUCGGACUCUGCUUAGCUUGUGGAUCUUCCGACGGGAAUAUCUCUGUCUUCACUGCACUAUCCGACGGUGGCUGGGACACAACCCGGAUCGACCAAGCUCACCCACUUGGAGUGACCUCAAUUUCAUGGGCCCCGUUCACGGCUCUUGGUGCCUUAGUCGGAUGUGGUGUACUGGAUCCUAUACAAAAGCUGGCUUCUGGCGGUUGUGAUAAUACAGUGAAGGUGUGGAAACUAUGCAAUGGAAAUUGGACGAUGGAUUGCUUCCCUUCCUUACAGAUGCAUGCCGACUGGGUGAGGGAUGUGGCUUGGGCCCCGAACUUGGGCCUUCCAAAGUCGACUAUUGCCAGCGCUUCACAAGACGGGACCGUUGUGAUGUGGACGAUGGCGAAGGAAGGUGAGCAAUGGGAAGGCAAAGUUUUGAACGAUUUCAAGAUUCCUGUUUGGAGGGUGUCAUGGUCCCUAACAGGGAACUUGGUGGCUGUGGCUGCUGGGGAAGACAAUGUCACACUGUGGAAAGAAGCAGUUGAUGGGGAGUGGCAACAGGUGACAAUAGUUGAUUAGCAUGAUUUACUUAUUCCAUUUUUCUAGUAACAAUCCUGGUUUUUUUUUUUUUUGGCAAUUUUGAGAACCAGCUGGUUUUCACUUUGCAUGGUUUCAAAUUCUGGUGCGUUAAUCUGACUAUCGACUUAUUUUUAAGUUUUAAGUUUAGGGUAUUCUCUAAUCA